GUCCUCCUCCUCCUCCUCCUCCUCCUCUCUCUCUCUCUCUCUGUUCUUCUGAGUGCUUUCCGAGCACUUGAAGAGGACCCUCUUCUCUCCUGUCAUGGCGGCGUCUGUAGACAACCGGCAGUUCGGUCACCUGGAGCCGCGCAAUGGGCUUGUCAGCCCGGUCCGCGCCGUCGGCAAAAAAUUCGGCACCCACCACCGGUCGGACUCCCCCGUUCGGGGGUGCAGCUUCUCUCCCCUCGCCCCUGGCAAAGACAAUGGUACUCGCUAUUACGACGAUGACGACGAGGACGAGGACGAGGUGGUGGUCGACUGGACGAAGUUGUACGGUGGUAGGCACUUGGAGGUGGAGCCGUCGGUGCGUGACCCGAGGGACGAGGGCACCGCCGACAGCUGGAUCGAGCGCAACCCGUCCCUGAUCCGGCUCACUGGGAAGCACCCCUUCAACUGCGAACCGCCGCUGACCCGGCUCAUGCACUACGGGUUCAUCACCCCGGUGCCGCUCCACUACGUGCGCAACCACGGAGCGGUACCUAAGGCCAAGUGGCGUAGCUGGACGCUAGAGAUCACCGGCCUGGUGAAGCGCCCGGUCCGGCUCACCAUGGACGAGCUGGUCCGGGACUUCCCCCCGGUCGAGAUCCCAGUCACCCUGGUCUGCGCCGGGAACCGGCGCAAGGAGCAGAACAUGGUGCACCAGACCAUCGGGUUCAACUGGGGCCCAGCGGCCGUGUCCACCACCGUGUGGCGCGGCGUCCGGCUCCGCGACGUGCUCCGCCGCUGCGGCGUGAUGGGCCGCAAGGACGGCGCCCUCUUCGUGUGCUUCGAGGGGGCAGAGGACCUCCCCGGCGGUGGCGGCUCCAAGUACGGUACGAGCCUCCGGCGCGAGGUGGCCAUGGACCCGUCCAGGGACGUCAUGCUCGCGUACAUGCAGAACGGCGAGCUGCUGACUCCCGACCACGGCUUCCCGGUGCGCGUCAUCAUCCCGGGCUUCGUCGGCGGCCGCAUGGUCAAGUGGCUCAAGCGCAUCAUCGUCGCCCCGCAGGAGUCCAACAGCUACUACCAUCACAAGGACAACCGCGUCCUCCCGUCCCACGUCGACGCUGAGCUCGCCAACGCAGAAGCUUGGUGGUACAAGCCGGAAUACAUCAUCAACGAGUUGAACAUCAACUCAGUCAUCACGACGCCGGGUCACGAUGAGAUACUUCCUAUUAACGCGUUCACGACUCAGAGGCCGUAUACCAUGAAGGGCUACGCCUACUCCGGUGGAGGAAGGAAGGUGACACGGGUUGAGGUGACACUCAACGGCGGCGAGACGUGGCUGGUUUGCGCCCUCGACCACCCCGAGAAGCCGAACAAGUACGGCAAGUACUGGUGCUGGUGCUUCUGGUCCUUGGAAGUGGAGGUGUUGGAUGUCCUGAGCUCCAAGGAAGUGGCUGUGCGAGCAUGGGACGAGUCCCUCAAUACCCAGCCCGAGAAGCUCAUCUGGAACGUCAUGGGGAUGAUGAACAACUGCUGGUUCAAGGUGAAGGUGAACGUGUGCCGCCCGCACAAGGGCGAGAUCGGGCUGGUGUUCGAGCACCCGACGCAGCCCGGGAACCAGUCCGGCGGGUGGAUGGCGCGGCAGAAGCACCUCGAGACGUCGGAGGCCCCGACCCUGAAGAAGAGCACCUCCACCCCCUUCAUGAACACCUCCAGCAAGCAGUACACCAUGUCGGAGGUGCGCAAGCACGCGUCGCGCGAGUCCGCGUGGAUCGUCGUCCAUGGCCACGUCUACGACUGCACCGCCUUCGUCAAGGACCACCCCGGAGGCGCCGACAGCAUCCUCAUCAACGCCGGCGCCGACUGCACCGAGGAGUUCGACGCCAUUCACUCGGACAAGGCCAAGGCCCUCCUCGACACCUACCGCAUAGGCGAGCUCAUCCCUUCGGGCUACGUCUCCGACACCUCCGUCCAUGGCGGGUCCGAGCUGUCCCAUCUCGCCACCAUCCGCGAGAUCUCGCGGCCCCCGGCUCUCGUGAACCCCCGGGAGAAGAUGCAGUGCAAGCUCGUGGCCAAGAAGACCAUAUCGCACGACGUUCGUCUUUUCAAGUUUGCGCUGCCCUCCGCGGACCAAGUGCUGGGCCUCCCCAUCGGAAAGCACAUCUUCCUCUGCGCCACCAUCGACGGAAAGCUGUGCAUGCGCCCCUACACGCCCACAAGCACCGUCGACGAGGUCGGCCACUUCGAGCUCCUCAUCAAGGUCUACUUCAAGGGCGAGAACCCCAAGUUCCCCAACGGCGGCCUCAUGUCCCAGCACUUGGAGUCCCUGACCCUCGGCUCCACCCUCGACAUCAAGGGUCCGGUCGGGCACAUCGAAUACAACGGCCGCGGCAACUUCGUCGUCAACGGCAAGCCGCGGUUCGCCAAGCGGCUGGCCAUGAUCGCCGGCGGGACCGGGAUCACGCCGGUGUACCAGGUGAUCCAGGCGGUUCUGCGGGACCCGGAGGACCGCACCGAGAUGCACCUGGUGUACGCCAACCGGUCGGAGGACGACAUCCUCCUGUGGGACGAGCUCGACGGCUGGGCGAGGGACCACCCGGAGCAAUUCAAGGUGUGGUACGUGAUCAACGAGGCCAAGCGGGGGGAGUGGCGAUACAGCACGGGCUUCGUCACGGAGAGGAUCCUGAGGGACCACAUUCCCAUGGGCGGGUCCGACGACACGCUCGCGCUCGCCUGCGGGCCGCCGCCAAUGAUCCAGUUCGCGGUGGUGCCCAAUUUGGAGAAGAUGAAGUACGAUACUGCCAAUUCACUGCUGCUGUUCUGAACGCCAACCUGCGCAGUGCCUCCGAGGGCAGUUCCAGUCUCUUCUGCCGUAUUCAUUGUGGUCGAGGUUGAUGAACCUGGAUCAACCGCCCAGUGUAGAAUUACAUGUACAUAUGUAUUCUUCCUUUAACUCCAUCCUAUCCAAAGUAAGGUAAGAGAGGACUGGAGAGGAAGAGGGUUAUCUGUAUUAGAUCAUUUAUUGCAUUAAGAUUUAUAUAUGUUAUGUUAUACUAAA